CAGGGCCCGCGCGCACUCGCGCUCUCUUAUAAACUCGCGGCUGACUCGACACACGCUAUACUACGCCGCGAUUGUUGGGAGAGGACGCAUCGAGAGUUGCAACUGUUGGUCGUCGGCGCCGACGGUCGCGCCAUGGGUAUCGCUGACAUUACGGAGGACCCUCUGGGAGAAUACGAGUACAUUGAUCCCAUCCUAAUGAAGGGAGGAAACUACAUUAAAGAAGGUCGUGAUUCGGCCAAGAGUACCUGUCUAAUUUUCUCACCGCGAGAGGAAGAUGAAGUUGGAGCCCUUGCUCGCUCUCUCAAAAUGUUCGAAGAGCAUUCGGUAAACCUCUUGCACAUAGAAUCUCGGUCGUCAUCUCGACUUCCUAACCGAUACGAAUUUAUGGUGGAGUGCGCCCCCAACGGAAAUUUAGGGGCAGCAGUGGAAAACCUUCAAAAAAAUUCUUCAUAUUUCAAAAUCAUCUCAAGAAAUCACAAGGAUAAUCGAGGUACGGUACCCUGGUUCCCCCGUCGCAUACGUGACUUGGAUAAGUUUGCAAAUCAAAUUUUGUCCUAUGGAGCAGAACUUGAUUCUGACCACCCUGGAUUCACUGACCCUGUGUACAGAGCAAGAAGGAAAUACUUCGCUGACAUCGCUUACAAUUAUAAGCAUGGCGAGCCUCUUCCACACGUGGAUUACACGGAAGAGGAAAUAGGAACGUGGGGACACGUUUUCAGAGAGCUGACAAAACUGUACCCAACACACGCCUGCCGAGAGUACAACCACGUAUUUCCCUUACUAAUUGAAAACUGUGGUUUCAGAGAAGAUAAUAUUCCCCAACUAGAAGAUGUAUCUAAUUUCCUUAGAGACAGUACAGGUUUUUCUCUUCGACCUGUUGCUGGACUAUUGUCUUCACGAGAUUUCUUGGCUGGGUUAGCGUUUAGAUGCUUCUGGUUUACGGCAGAAUAUGGUCUUUGUAAGCAAGAUGGACAACUCAAAGCUUAUGGAGCUGGUCUGCUUUCUUCAUUUGGGGAGCUGCAAUAUUGCUUGAGCGAUAAACCAGAAUUGAGGCCGUUUGAACCAGCCAAAACUGCUUUGCAGAAAUAUCCAAUUACAGAGUAUCAGCCUGUGUAUUUUGUAGCUGAGAGUUUUGAAAAUGCAAAAGAGAAAAUGAUAAAAGAGAAGAGAAGAAGAGAAGAAGAGAGAAGAAAGAAGAAGGAAGGAGAGGAGAGAGGAGAAGGGAGGAGAAGGGGGAAGAAAGGAGAAAGAAGGAGAGAGGAAAAAGAAAGAGAGAAGAGGGAGGAGAAGGAGAAGGAGAAGGAGAAGGAGAAGGAAGAAGAGAAGGAGAAGGAGAGAGAAAGGAAAGGAGAAGGAAGAAGGAGAAGGAAGAAGGAAGGAAGGGAGAAGGAAGAAGGAGAAGGAGAAGGAGAAAGGAGAAGGAGAAGGAGAGAGAGAAGGGAAGGAGAAGGGAAGGAGAAGAGGGAAGGAGAAGGAGAAGGGAAGGAGAAGGAGAAGGGAAGGAGAGGAGAAGGAGAAGGAGAAGGUAGAAGGAAAGGAGAAGGAGAAGGAGAAGGAGAAGGAGAGAGGAGAGGAAGGAGAAGGAGAAGGAGAAGGAGAAGGAGAAGGAGGAAGGAGAAGGAGAAGGAGAAGGAGAAGGAGAAGGAGAGGAGAAGGAGAAGGAGAAGGAGAAGGAGAGGAGAGGAGAAGGAGAAGGGAGAAGGAGAAGGAGAAGGAGAAGGAGAAGAGAAGGAGAAGGAGAAGGAGAAAGGAGAAGGAGAAGGAGAAGGAGAAGGAGAAGGAGAAGGAGAAGGAGAAGGAGAAGGAGAAGGAGAAGGAGAAGGAGAAAGGAGAAGGAGAAGGAGAAGGAAGAAGGAGAAAGGAGAAGGAGAAGGAGAAGGAGAAGGAGAAGGAGAAGGAGAAGGAGAAGGAGAGGAGAAGGAGAAGGAGAAGGAAAGGAGAAGGAGAAGGAGAAGGAGAAGGAGAAGAGAAGGAGAAGGAGAAGGAGAAAGGGAGAAGGAACGGAGAAGGAGAAGGAGAAGUGGAGAAGGAGAAGGAGAAAGGAAGAAGGAGAAGGAGAAGGAGAGGAGAAGAGAAGGAGAAGGAGAAAAGGAGAAGGAGAAGGAGAAGGUAGAAGGAGAAGGAGAAGGAGAAGAGAAGGAGAAGGAGAAGGAGAAAGGAGAAGGAGAAGGAGAGGAGAAGGAGAAGGAGAAGGAGAAGGAGAAGGAGAAGGAGAAGGAGAAGGAGAAGGAGAAGGAGAAGGAGAAGGGAGAAGGAGAAGGAGAAGGAGAAGGAGAUAGAGAAGGAGAAAGAAGAAGAAGAAGAAGAAGAAGAAGAAGAAGAAGAAGAAGAAGAAGAAGAAGAAGAAGAAGUCCAUUUCCUGAAAAGUCAUAUCGGCAAACAAAGCUCUAG